AGAGGAGGGGCGGGGGGGGCUGAGGAGGAGGAGGAGGAGGAGAGUUGCCGUGGCAACGCGGGGACGCGAAGGCAAGACGACCGAAGAAGCGGCGGCGCUGGAGGCGAGCGACUCUCCCGGGUCUCUUCCCCCACCCCGGACCUGGCAUGGCGUCCCCGGAGCUGCUCGGCGCCUGCCCAACGGCCUCGCUGCUGGCGCUGGCCGAGAUGCUGUCCGGCGCCCCGAAAGAGGAGGAGGAGGAGGAGGAGGAGGAGGAGGAAGGCCGCCAGAUAAGCUGGCCUCAGGAAGCUGCUGUGCCAAGAUCCCCUGCUCACUGCCUUGUCUGCCAGUGGAAAGUCCAGGCAACGUGCACUUUAAAAGCACAGGUGAACAGGCAGCCUUUCUUCCUCCUGUCAGCCACUACUAAAGUGAAACCCGGAGAGCAGAAGGGGAUCUGGACCACAGAGGAGGUGCCGGAGGGAUCCGAAUAUGAUGAUACCUGGGAUACCAGGGAGCAGGCUGAGCUCAUUCAUGAGAAGGGAUGGCUUGAGAACUUGACCUGCUCUGGUUCAAGGAGCGGCUUGUGUCCUCAGAGAAAGGCCACAGGAGGAAUGUUAUUCUCUUACAGAUAUGAAAUUCUGUUCAGGCAGCAUGUGGGGGCUGAGGAUGUGUUCCUGGGUAUGAGCAGGAAGGAUCCCUCCACAGCUUGCUGUGAGGACAUGCUGAUUAAAAUCAAAUUGCCAGACACAAAGGCUUCGGACAUUACCCUUGAUAUCCGUGAAAAGGUUCUUGAUCUUCGCAGCCCCCAGAAGAAGCUCCUUCUGCACCUGCCUCACCCAGUGGACACCCAGAGUGGGAAGGCCUGCUUCCUCUAUGAACAGGGCCUUCUGGAAGUGACCUUGAAGAUGAAAAGGGAGUUUGACUUCAUCAACUUUGCCUGAACUGGAAGGAGUCACAAAAAGUCUGAGAGCGAUGUCUCUACUGGGCGACUGAGUGGGAGGCAGGGGAUCUUUCAACCUCUGCUUUAUAAUAGUUAUCGCAGUGCCUGGUGUGCUGUCAUCACUGCCUGUACUGGGAGGCACUGGAGAGCCAGGGCAUCCUUGUUACCUCUCUCUGAGCACCUGGGUUUCAGAUUUCCAGAACAUACUCUUGUGUUUUGCUAGUGUGAAGGCUGAGAUCUUGACUAGAAUUCUGUUUCCAGUUCCAGGGAGGCAGGGUCCUUUGGCAACCCGUAUCCAUCCAUUUUGCAGCAGGAGUCCUUUUGGAGAGUUGCCGAGUCUCACAAUGUACACAUAGGAUUUGUUUAUUUUAAAAUGUAUAAAUAUUCCUCCAGCA